GCCAUCUUGUUGCAAAGCCCUUUCUUGUCGGCGGGACUCCCGGGGGCCGCGGGGCGGGAGGCAUCAGAAGGGAGGAAAAGAGGGAGGGCAAGAAAGGGAGGCAGUGCCGCCUCUUGGGGGGGAUCUUUUUUUUUUUUGCAGAUUUAUCUUUUUGCAAAUAUUUUGGGAGACAUUGAUUUUUCUAUCCGUGCUCCCCCGUUCUUUCCUGAGGAGUGCGCUGCGCCGCCCAGCCCUGUCGCCCCCCGGAGGUGAUCCCUCCCUCCUGCCCGCCCGCCAGCCUGACCUGUGCCUGGCUCGCGGGCCGCAGCCUCGGCCCCGGCGCGCCCCCGGCUGCUCUCGGCGCGAUGAGCAUCGAGACGCUACUGGAGGCCGCCCGCUUCCUGGAAUGGCAAGCUCAGCAACAACAGAGAGCACGUGAGGAGCAAGAGCGGCUUCGUCUGGAACGCGAACGGGAGCGGGAGCGGGAGCAGGAACAGAAGAAAGCCAGUAGCUUGGCCAGGCUAGCACAUGCCCUACCUGUGGAGGAACCCCGCAUCGAGGCACCCCCGCUGCCCUUGUCCCCACCAGCUCCCCCACCAGCACCUCCACCCCCACUUGCCACUCCCACUCCACUGACUGUCAUUCCCAUUCCUGUAGUGACCAACUCUGCCCAGCCACUGCCCCCACCCCCACCACUGCCCCCUGCUGCCCAGCCUCUGCCCCUGGCACCUCGUCAGCCAGCCCUGGUCAGCACUCCUGGACUCAGCAUUAAGGAGCCUGCCCCGUUGCCUGCCAGGCCUCAAGUGCACACCCCGGCUCCUGUACUGCCGGACUCGAAGACCACUGUUGCACCUACUGGCAGCCCCAAGCCUUUGCAGCCCCUCCCCACACCCAUCCUGACCAUAGCACCCCACCCUGGGGUACAGCCUCAGCUGGCCCCCCAGCAGCCACCCCCACCCACGCUUGGGACCCUGAAGUUGGCACCAGCUGAAGAAGCCAAAUCCAGUGAACAGAAGAAGAGGCCUGGGGGGAUCGGAACCAGAGAAGUUCACAACAAAUUGGAGAAAAACAGGAGGGCCCAUCUAAAGGAGUGCUUUGAGACCCUGAAGCGCAACAUCCCCAAUGUGGACGACAAGAAGACAUCGAAUCUGAGUGUGCUGCGGACGGCGCUGCGGUACAUCCAGUCCCUAAAGAGGAAGGAGAAGGAGUAUGAGCAUGAGAUGGAACGGCUGGCGAGGGAGAAGAUCGCCACACAGCAGCGGCUGGCAGAGCUCAAACAUGAGCUGAGUCAGUGGAUGGACGUGCUGGAGAUCGACCGUGUACUCCGGCAGACGGGCCAACCUGAGGAUGACCAGGCCUCCACCUCCACUGCCUCUGAGGGUGAGGACAACAUAGACGAGGAUAUGGAGGAGGACCGGGCAGGCCUGGGCCCACCUAAGCUGAGCCAUCGUCCCCAGCCGGAGCUGCUGAAGUCUACCCUGCCACCUUCCAGCACUGCCCCUGCACCUCUGCCACCACAUCCUCACCCCCAUCCUCACCCAGUGGCUCUGUCUCCUGCCCAUCUCCCCGUGCAGCCACCACCGCCACCACCGCAGAAGACCCCUCUGCCAGCACCACCUCCCCCACCAGCCACCCCUGCCCAGACACUGGUGCCAGCUCCAGCUCAUCUGGUGGCCACAGCUGGGGGUGGUUCCACGGUCAUUGCCCACACAGCCACCACCCAUGCCUCAGUCAUCCAGACUGUGAACCAUGUUCUACAGGGGCCAGGCGGCAAGCACAUUGCCCACAUUGCCCCCUCAGCCCCCAGCCCUGCCGUGCAGCUAGCACCUGCCACGCCCCCCAUCGGCCACAUCACAGUGCACCCUGCCACCCUCAACCACGUGGCCCACCUUGGCUCCCAGCUGCCCUUGUACCCACAGCCUGUGGCAGUAAGCCAGCCAGUGGCAGUGAGCCACAUUGCUCACACCCUCUCACACCAGCAAGUGAACGGCACAGCCGGGCUGGGGCCCCCGGCCACUGUCAUGGCAAAGCCAGCUGUGGGGGCUCAGGUGGUGCACCACCCCCAGCUGGUAGGCCAGACAGUGCUUAACCCAGUGACCAUGGUCACCAUGCCCUCCUUCCCAGUCAGCACACUGAAGCUGGCCUGAGGAUGAGGCUACUCAGAGGCCCCCAGUGGGGGCAGGGAGGGGGACCUGUCCCUCCCUCUCCUACCCACCAGCUCCACACAUUCCAGCCAGGCCCAGGCCCACCUAACCCACACCACCCCCAGGCCUCCUAGGGGAAGGGGGUGCAGAGACACUGAGCCAGGGGAGGGAAGGGCUCCCAGAGAGUUGGGGGCAGGGCAGGGUAUUACCCCGCUGUACUAGGGCUUGAUAGAAUAACUGCUGAGGACGCUGGUGGAUGUGCCACCUGUGUGGCUAGUGCCAGCCCCUGUCCCCUAAAGUGAUAAUGGCCUCAUGUUCCCUGGCUCUCCCUCCCCUGCCCUCCUUCCUGUGCUGCUGCUAUUGCUCUAUCUGGUGAGGUGACGAAGCACCCCAGCCUUCCCACCCUGGCUUCAGUGUCCUUCUCUGGGACUUUUGUAGAGAAAAUGGGGGCAGACCUGAAGCCACUUGGUCCUGAAAGCUGGGGCCAUGCCAGAUGAGGGGCCCUUCUCUGAGUACAGGUGACAGAUCCUAUGAUGAAGUGGUUGGACCAGAGUCAUGCCCAGACAGGUGGGGGCCUGGGCCUGGACCUGGUGCUCGCUAACCCACUCGGAGUCACUAAUUCGUUGCAGUAGAAACUUUCAAAUGGUUACCAACAAUAAACCAAGCUGAUGUCAAGCUUC